GGACGACAUGACGGAUCCCUAGCUCGUAGUGUGUGAACAUGGAUGUGACGCAGAGUGAUGGGGACACAGUGGACGCCUUGAAAUUGUUUUCAAAGAAAAGCAGUAAAACAGCAGGCUCUGACCCUUACCGCUACAACAUGGACUAUCCCUGCAUCGGAACCUGUCUGAUUAUCAACAAUAAGAACUUCCACAGUAGCACAGGGAUGAGUGCUCGGAACGGGACGGAUGUAGAUGCUGAUGCUGCUAUUAAGACCUUCUCUGAGCUGGGUUAUAAGGUCAAUGUGAACACUGAUCAGACCGUGGCAGAGAUGAAACAACUGUUGCAUAGUGCAUCCAAGGAGGACCACAGUAAGAGUGCAUCAUUUGCAUGUGUGUUGCUAAGUCACGGAGACGAGGGCGUGAUAUAUGGCACCGACGGCUUUGAAAAGUUGGAGAAGCUGGCAGAAUACUUUAAAGGAGAUCGCUGUAAGAGUCUGGUGGGGAAACCCAAGCUCUUCUUCAUACAGGCGUGCCGUGGAGUGGAGCUGGAUAACGGAUCCUUUAUUGAUGCCGACAGUGUUGAUGCUCAAACAUCAGAGAGGAUUCCUGUGGAGGCAGACUUCCUGUAUACCUAUUCCACCGCUCCAGGCUACUACUCAUGGAGGAACACGACCAAUGGCUCCUGGUUCAUGCAGGCCUGGUACAUGCAGACCUGGUUCAUGCAGGCGCUGUGCGAGAUGUUGACGCGUUUCCGCGGAGAGCUGGAGCUGAUGCAGAUCAUGACCCGCGUCAACCGCAAGGUGGCGCUCCACUUUGAGUCCUCCUCCAACUUGCCAGGAUUUAAUGGCAAGAAGCAGAUCCCGUGCAUCGUCUCCAUGUUGACCAAAGACUUCUACUUUCCUGAUUUCUACGCAUGAAAACUGCUAAGCUGUGGGAAACCGAGUCACAAGUGACUGUGCCGGUAUCACUUAUUUCACAUCCCUCUAUUUUACCUUCAAAGCAUCCUGAUUUCUGCUCUCUUUGGCCAAACAGUUUAUGUAAAACAGGAUAACAUUAGUUUUAAUGUGACUACCCAAAUGUACUGUCAACAUUAGAAUACCAGUGAGGUUUAUGUUGAGCCUGAACUGUUUUAUUUUUUUAUUUUUAUGAUUUUGUUUUUAGUGUUGUGAUCUUUUAGAUAAAACCUAGACCACUUUUAAUUCUAUCUCUGAUCGUUGUGUGUUGCAGACAAGAUACUAAACGGUGUCGGGACCAUUUUCAGGGCUGCAUUUUCAAUAAGCCUGUUUCAGUGAUUACACACUUGAUUCAUUAGCAGAAGGGUGGAAAUGUGGACUUCUGUUUUUUUAACUACAUAAACAUAAUACUGUAUGUUUGCUACUUAAAAUGUGUCUGCUUUUUGAAUGCAAUAAAUGCACAAGCAGAGAUAGAUCAUUACAUCACUUUAAAUAUCUGGCCAUCACAUGAAAAAAAGAAUAUUAUGUAGAAUAUUUCUUUCCUUUUUCAGGUGGUCAUAGGUCUUUUUUUAAUAUAUUACUACAUUACCAAUGUCAUUACCUCUGCACUCAACCUCUGGGGAUCUUUUAAUAACUUUUACUGGGAUCGGUGCUAGAUAUAGAUUUGUUUGACAAUAAUAAAAGUAAAUACAAGACUGUGGUUACCCUGUCCUGAGAUACAAUUACCAUGUUGAGAAUAAAAACUAUAAAACGUUAA